AUUUAAUAAAAGAAAUAUCCAAGAUAAAUUUCUAAUUGAUUGCGAUCCUUGAAGGAAGACAGAAGAUUUGUGGACGGUUUUCUCCUAAGAAAUCAUUUGCAAUGAAGAUCCUUCUCUUUUUCUCUAUUUCAUUCUUCUUUGAUGUCUUCAUUCCACCAGUGGGCUCUAGGUCUGUUGGAAUUUCUGUGCCACCAUCAAAAGUCCCAUGUCUAUUGAAGCUUGAGAAACUAUACUCAGAGACACGUAAUUCCUCCACAAUAUUUGAAAAUGCACAAUAUGGUACAGAGGAAAAACAAAAAGCUGAAAGUAAAAAGCACUACGCUCUCUUUAAUCUGACACGUGCAUGUAUAAUGUUUGGUGGUCAUUGUAAAAAUAAAUGUGGUGAAAAUGAAUUUAGGAUGGUAUAUUGUGAUGUUUCUACAUCACUUUGCUGCAUUAGACAAUGUAAGCCUAAGAAGUAUAAAUAACUGAAGAGACCGAUUCACAGAAAGAAGAUCAACAUGAACUGUCUUCUCACUACUUCAUUACAUCUAUUAUUUCAUUCACAGCUUAGUGUUUCUGUUCAUAAAUCUCUAAUAAAUAAAGGACUAAAUAAAAUACAUUUCAACCUGAACCAUUCAUGAACAUUGUGCCUACUAGGAGGAAAGAGUCAAGAGUACAGAAUAGACCUUUGAACUUGGGAACGGCAAUAGAAUGAGAAAAUCCCAUCAUUGGACUAUGGUGUUAAAUGAAAUUCUGGGAACAAUUCUAUGUUUAAUGUGAAAAGCAUGCUGUCAGUGAUUGAUGAUGAAUAUCAAGUGUUCUUUUAGAAGAGACAAGAGUGGAGAGAGAGUUUAUGAGAGAUGGAAGGUAUGUGU